AGAGACGGUUGUGCGUGGCAAUUGUGUGAGAUGGCGGAACCAGUGAGGAGUAGGGUUUUGAGGUCCCGAGGUGGCCGGGUCGGCCGAGGCGCUCGUAGUGGCCGGGGCGGUCGCGGGGGCCGGGGUGGACGUCCUCGCGCCCAGCGUUCUCCAGCCGGGCCCACUGUGGACACAGUGCUUGCGGACUUGGUCAGAGACGGCGAUGAGGAUGUCCUGGAGGUGGCCACCGCAGGCGGUGCAGUGGACGGUGUUGAGGUCCAGUCCCCGGAGCCCCGGGUGCCUGCUGCGCCUCGGGGCGACAGCGACAGCGACGGGGCGGACGCGCGGCCCGCAGGAGCCCUUCAGACCCUGGUCAGGCGGCGGCGGCGGCGGCUGCUGGACCCGGAGGAGGUGCCGGUGGUUCCAGUAUACUCCCGGAAGGUAGAAAGCAGUUUCCAUCCCAUCCCAGAUCCUCUGUCUCUCCUGAAAUUCUACCCUGAAGUUGUUGAGGAAGAAGCAGAUAUGGCAGAUUCCAGCAGUCCUCACCCUGAGGAUCCUGCAUUUCCAAGCUCUCCCUUGAAGAAACUGAGGAGUGAAGAUGAGAAAGAAGAGAAGGAAAAGGAGGUGUUACUGGCUGAGGACACCUCUCCUUUGCCCUCACCUCCACCGAGAGGCAAAAGCAGGAAGCGUACUCCGGCACUUCAGAAGUUAAGGGAGGUGAACAAGCGCCUCCGAGAUCUCCGAUCCUGCCUGAGCCCCAAGCAGCAUCAGGGCCGAGGCCACCGGAGCCAAGAUGAUGAGGUUCUCCUCGUAGAAGGGCCUGUCCUCCCAGACAAGCCCCGGCUCUUCCCACUCAAAGUCUGGUGCCGGGCUGAUGUGGUCCGAUUGCCCAUCAAAAUGUCGGAGCCUCUGCAGAGUGUGGUGGACCACAUGGCCUCUCAUCUCGGGGUAUCCCCAAGCAGGAUUCUCUUGCUCUUUGGAGAGACAGAGCUGUCCCCUGCCGCUACCCCCAGGACCCUAAAGCUUGGAGUGGCUGACAUCAUUGACUGUGUGGUGCUGGCAAAUUCCUCAGAGGGUGCAGAGGUGUCCCAGCAGCUCCGGCUCCGGGUGCAGGGGAAAGAGAAACACCAGAUGCUGGAGAUCUUGCUGUCUCAAGAUUCCCCCCUUGAGACCCUCAUGUUGCACUACGAGGAGGCCAUGGGACUCUCUGGCCACAAGCUCUCCUUCUUCUUUGAUGGGACAAAGCUUUCGGGCAAGGAGCUACCAGCUGAUCUGGGGAUGGAAUCUGGGGACCUCAUCGAGGUCUGGGGCUAAAACCCCAUUCCCUGUUUGGAGGCCCAGCCAGACUUAGGAGAAACUCCUUUUUGGCCCUGUAAGGGUGAGCAGAAGGUGAGGUCGUUUAUUUUUAAACUGAAUCAAAAGCAAGGACUGACUCUGGGCCCCAUCUCCUAUCAGCCCUGGCCUCAAGCCGUUAACCACCAGGUUAAUUGCACGGGGGUUGUUGCUGCCCCCAGUGGCCUGUGGUACCACACACAUGUGCUGAGUUUUGUAGCCCACCUGUCCUAUUGAAACUCCGCUACUGCCCUUUGCUUCACUGAAAUGUCUGCUCCAUGAAACUUUGCUCAUGUUUAAAGAGUAAGUUGAAAUAAACAAGGAUUUGGUAUGGGUUUCCAGGUCUGGGAUUUACAUCACACUGAGUACCAACAGUGGCCUUAUUCUCACAUGGGGGCUGGGUUUGCUGGAGCCAUGUGUGAUGCAGGCUCCUUAGCAUGCAGGAGAGGAAAUGAGUAGAGCAUGUGUACUGAGCUUAAGCACAGGUAGACAGGAUAGUCUUCUAGGAUAACAGUAGUGGAAUCUCAGCCCUGAGUAUCUCCUCAACCCCAGGACUCUAGUCACUUUUUCUGGUGCACAUAUUUAAGCUGUUUUGUUUUGGAACUUGGGCAUAUAGUCUCAUGCAAAAAUUCUCUGGUUUUAUGACUUUCUCCCUUCUUUACACCACUCUCAUUAGUACCCCAUCUAAUAUAUUUAUUACACAUUUGAAUAUAUCUUCUUUUUGGUACCGGGGAUCGAACUUGGGACCUUGCGCUUGCGAGGCAGGCACUGGAACCACUGAGCUAAAUCCCCCGCCCAUUUGUAUAUAUCUUUAAAAGAUAGUUUUAUGAGGGAGUGGUAUCGUGCAAUAGAUCCUAUACUCUUUUCACCCACCAUGUGUGACGCUCUAGCCUGCUGCUCAUUGUAGCUGUAUCGUUGCCCUGAACUGCUUCCUGGUGCUGCACAGGGGCAUCACCUGCAUUUUGUCACAUGAUGUCUUACGUGGUUGACCCCUGGGUGCUUCCAGUGCCUUGGCACUGUACACAGGCCAUGAUGAACAUCAUUUUCUGGGGCCCCUUCUAUGCUUAUGUGAACAGUUCUCUAGGCUGUGUGCCCAGGAGAGGAUAAUGGGUCAUUCAGAUGAAUUUCUUUGGCUUCCCAGAUUUUUCCUCAGAAUGGGGAUUGACUCUCCCAUUGGAAGCUUCCCUUCUCAUCCUUACCACCACUGAGUGUUGUCCAACUUUCUGAUUUUGGAUAAUCUGAUGGGUAUAAAAUGACACCAUGUUUUAAUGUGCAUUCACCUGAUCAUUAAUUUAGGUACAUUUUUUUUUAGCUGGGCAUGGAGCACACAGUAAUUCCAGCACUGUGGAGACUGAGGCAGGGUUAGAAAUUCAAGCCCAGACUUGGCAAUUUAGCGAGACUUUGUCUUAGGAUAAAAAAUUAAAAAGGGCCAGGGAUAUAGUUCGAUGCUAAAGCCUUUGGUUCAAUCCUAGUACUGCCAGCAAAUACCAAAAAAGAAUUUUUAAAUGUAUCUAUCAGCCUUUCUGAUUUCUCUUUUUGUGAAUUGCUCAUUUUCUUUUUUUUUUUUUGGUACCGGGGAUUCAACUUGGGUCCUUGAGCUUGCUCAGCAGCCAGCGAAAUCACUGAGCCAAAUCCCUGGCCCUAUUUCUUUUUUUUUUUUUUUUUUUGGUACCAGGGAUCAAACUCAGGACCUUGCGCUUUUGAGGCAAGCAGUGGAACCACUGAGCUAAAACCCCGGCCCAAAUGCUCAUUUUCUCAUGGAGCUUCCUUAUUUUUUUGAUACUGGGAAUUGAACUCAGGACCUUGCACUUGACAGGCAGGCACCGGAACCACUGAGCUACAUCCCCAGGCCUGGAGCUUCCUUUUUUUAUGUUUGUUUAUUCUGAAGAGUUGCUUGUGAAUUCUUGGGUGAUUGCAAAUAACUCCUAGAACAGCACUUUGUGUAUGUAGGGCUAUCUUUCACUGAACAUUCUUGAUUUUUUUUCUGCCCAGUACCAGGGAUCAAACUCAGGACCUUGCGCUUGUGAGGCAGGUGCAGCGCCACUGAGCUCAUCUCCAACCCCUAUUCUUUGUUUGUUUUGGUACCAGGGAUCGAACUUGGGUCCUUGUGCUUGUGCAGCAGGCGGCGAAACCACUGAACUACAUCCCCGGCCCCCCUAUUCUUGAUUUUAAUGUAGACAAAUUAACCAUUUUGUUAUAAAGUUUUUGCAUUUCACUGUCUUAUUUAAAGAUAUUAACAGAAGAAAAGUUAGCUUGGUGGUUUUUCCUCUCCUGUUGAGGUCACUGAAUAAGGCUGAAGUCCAGCUAGGACACUGUGAUAUGGACUGGCUGGCAGCUGUUCUGGAGGUCAAACAUUGGGUUCUCACUGGCCAAUACCAAGCCAUAUUGGCUGCUAAAUAGGGAGCCUCGCUUUUAUAGGAGGUUUUUUUGUUUGUUUUUUUUGUUACUGGGGAUCAAACUCGCUUGCAAGGCAGGCGGCAUAACCACUGAGCUAAAUCCCUGGCCCCUGGAGCUUCACUUUUAUUUUAUUGUAUUUUAUUUUUUCGGUACCGGGGAUCGAACUUGGGUCCUUGUGUUUACACAGCAGAUGGCGAAACCACUGAGCUAAAUGCCUGGCCCAAGCCUCACUUUUAAAUGAUUUAAAAUGUACCUACCUUUUUUUAUGUGAAACCAAGUUUUUUUUCUUUUUUUAAACCUUAUAGCGAGCCAGUUUUAUCAGUUUUGUCUACUAAAACCAUUAAUCGUCCACUGACAGUGGUAUAAUUUUAGCAAAGGUAUGUUGACUUCAUAGUAAAAUUUUAUUGGAAUGUGGGAUUCCUUUGCAUUUUAAAACAUUUAAAUAAUUCAUGAUAUGUCCUAGCUCUUCCUGUUUUCAGAUCUUUUGAGCCCAUUGAUAAGCAUGUACAUAAUCAUAUGUACUCCAUCUCAGCAGAAUAAAUGGUAAUACACUCCA